AUGCAGAGUGCUUUUCAAAUAUUCUCCUCAAUUAUUUCGAUUUUAUCAAAUUCAAUUCUGCUUUUAUUGAUUUGCUAUAAAUCUCCAAAGAAAUUAGGAUCUUAUAAAUAUCUUAUGAUGUUUUUCACGAUUCAUUCGAUGUUCUUCUCACUGAUGGAAGUUACGACAAGAGUGGUAGGAGGAAUUUUUUCAAAAAAAAAAAAAUUAAAUUAAAAAAUGUUCAGCACGUUUUAUCGUAUGGCACGUGUUUCCUAGUUUUCAUGAAUCGUCAAGGCUCAAUUUUCCCGUAUGAAAUCGAUAUGAUGUUUCUAUGUGAGUCUAGAAAUUGCUUUCCUAAUCUAAUUUAAUAAAUAACUUCUAGGUAUAAUCUGUGGAUGUUGUGGAGUUACAAUGUACAUUUCCGCAAUCCAUUUUAUUUUUCGAUAUUGGGCCAUUGAAAGGUGAUUUUCCUCAGAUUUUCCUCAAUUUCACCACGAAACAAGUUUCAGAAAAGGACGUUUGAGAUAUUUCAAAGGUUAUCGAUUGAUUUUCUGGCUCAUGAUUCCAAUCCUCAUCGGAUUCAUUUGGGGAAUCUCAGUUUACCUUGGAUUAUCUGUUGAUGAAACAACUGUAGCCUACAUGAGGUAAGUUCAAGUUUCAGAAUUGAAUCCCUAACCUCAAAUUUCAGAAGCAGCAUGAAGAUGGGCUAUGGUUAUGAGAUGGAAGAUCUCGUAUUGGUGGGAGCAUUUUAUUACUCGCCCAACAAAAUUGUUUUCUAUCGGAAUUUGGCGGGAAUGUUGGUUGUGGCGUUGAUUAUGACGUCAUCGGCGAUAAUCAUAAUUUAUUGUGGAGUAAGAAUAUUCCGGAAAAUUCGAAAACUUCACAAAAAAGGAAGUGCGCGAGUUACAAAAAGACUGCAAACUCAACUUUACAAGGCGCUUGUUGUUCAGACAAUUCUCCCAGUUUCACUUGUAUUCUUCCCACUCGCUCUAUUCUUUUUCCUGCCGUUACUUCACAUCGACAUCGGAAUGUACAGUCAGAUUGCGAAUUUUACAGUGGCGAUUUAUCCGACUCUAGAGCCUCUACCGUUGCUCAUAAUUAUCGAUGAUUAUCGGAAUGGGUUCUGUAGAUUUUUGCACAUCGAAACGAUAAUUGUCAAGAAACCAAGAGUUCGGCUAUCACAAAUACAACCGGAAAUACCGACGAUUUCCGGGACCACGAAUUGA